AUGGUUCAUGGUGAGAGUGAGGAUUCAGACCAUUUAUAUACACCACCAGGGAGUGAUGAUGAGGAUGAAGGCAUGAAGUACCCUACCUACAAGUUUGGUCAAGGAAUGGAGUUUCAGCUAGGGAUGAUGUUUACUAACAAAGAAAUGAUAAGGGAUGCUUUCAAUGAUCAUGCCAUGGAGAAUCAGAAGAAUGUAUUCAUUAAGAAGAAUGAUUCCAAAAGGAUUAUGGUUAAAUGCAUUGAUGGUUGUAAGUUCUACAUGAGAUUUAGCAAGAGGAUUGGAAACCAAUUUUGGCAAGUUGUGACUUUAAUUGAAGACCAUACAUGUCAUAAGACUGCUGGCAACAGGAGUGCAAAGAAAAAGUGGCUUUCCAACAAGUUUGCAAGCAUACUUAGACAUAGUCCUUUUAUGAAACCAUCGGGCCUCAGAGCUGAAGCUGUUGAGAGACGGGGAGUGAAACUAUCACAUGAUCAUGCAUACAGGGCAAAUAGGAAAGCAAUAGAUAAUGGCAAACAUGUGUUCAAAAGAAUUUACAUCUGUUUAGAGGCUUGCAAGGUAGGGUUUGCAAAGACAUGCAAGCGUCAUAUUGGGUUGGAUGCAUGUUUCUUGAAAGUGGAAUAUGGUGGACAAUUAAUGGCAGCAGUAGGGAGGGAUGGAAAUAACCAAAAUUUUCCAAUUGGAUUAGUUCCAGCUAUUCAAGGCAUCAGUGCCAAUGUGGAGUCCAGAUUAUGUGUGAAGCAUUUAUAUGGAAAUUGGAAAAAGAAACACCCUGGAUUGGAAUUAAAGGAAGUGUUGUAG